AUGUCCAGAAAUAUUCAUCAAAAGCUUCAAUUUUUGGAAGUUGAACAUAAAAAUUUUAUGAAACUCGCCAGACAACUAGAAUUAAUUAUUUCAUAUGUUUUGAAGGAUUAUCAUUCAAGGCGUUUUAUUUCCUUAAUUGAUUUCAACAUCUGGGCACGAUGCAUCUUCCAGCAAUGUCAUCAAACCAUGGGAAAACCUAAAAAUUUAAUUUCUCAUUAUUUAUCUGGUUUCCAAGUUGCACAUUUCAAUAUUAGUUUAAAUGCUUUAAUGGACUAUGUUGAUGAAGUUAAUUUAAUGUUAAGAUUAACAAUCAAGUCGAUAGCUAACACAAAAUUAAUCAAAAAAGUGAGUAUGAGCUUAUGA